AUGAACAGCAAAGUAGAAAGGAAGGAGAGCAGGAGGAAGAUGAGAAGAGUGAAGAGUGAGGGAGAGAAUGAAGAAAACACCUGGCUGGCAACAAAGCUAGCUGGGAAAAUGAAUGAAGAAGGGCCACGGGUGCUGGUGACAUCCCACUCAGAUGGUGUGGCUGGCACGUGCAAGGGCCACCAGGAAGAGGCAAAUUUUGCCCUUAGGAUGCUGAUGUCCCUGAUAGGGCUGAACCACCUUGGCAAGUUAGGCAAAGGACGGACAAUCAUAUUUCUUCUGCUGCCACUCGUCCAUGUGGUGAACAAAGUGCAGACAAUUAAGUGCACUGGAACGGAUCCUGUGGAUAUUCCUCAUGAAUGGUACAAGCCUGGAGAAAUUCUCAUUGGUGAAAUUGUAACUCUUAUUCACUACAUAAUACCCACAUUACAAUUCAAAGAACACCCUUCUCGGGAGACAAAUAUUUUUCCAGGUUUAGUGCUAAAGCAUUACCAGCACGUCCUGGCUUUGGCAUUUGCCAUCAAUGAGAUCAAUGAGACGCCUAGUAUCUUGCCCAAUAUCACGCUGGGCUUCCACAUCUAUGACAGCUAUGGGAAUGAACAAAUGACCUAUCGUAGCACUCUGGACUUGCUCUUCAAAUCACGUGGCUUUCUACCCAACUACCACUGUGGCAUCCAGAAAAAUGUCAUCGGGGUCAUUGGUGGGCUGAACUCUGAUAUCUCCUUGCGAAUGGCAGAGAUCCUAGGUCUCUACAAACUUCCACAGAUUUCAUACGGCUCAGUGGAAUCAACCACAAGUAAUGGAGUCCACCGCUCUUCUUUUUACCACAUGGUUCCCGAUGAAUCCCUUCAGUACCUGGGCAUUGUCCUGUUACUUAGGCAUUUCAGAUGGAAAUGGGUAGGGAUCAUCACUCAGGAUGGCGAUGUUGGGCAGCAUUUCUCAGAAGCUUUGGAGGUAGAACUUUCCCAAAAUGGAAUGUGUUCAGCCUUCACAGACAAAGGUAAAAAAAUGGCCAUUUUUGAUAGUUUUAAUGAAUUUUUCAAUAAUUUUAUAUCUGCUAUUCCAGCUUUCAUGGACAGUAAAGCCAAUGCAAAUAUCAUUUAUGGAGAAAGUGCAUUUAUAUGGUUGGCAGUCAUGUUGCACAUUAAAAAAUGGAUACCUCUAGAAGGUACGUUCUCUCUGGAGGAGAUGUGUGCCCAAAAGGUAUGGAUUACAACAGCCCAAAUCGAUUUCACUUUAACCGUCUAUUUAAAGGAUUUUGAUAUACAGACAUUGCAGGGUGCUAUUUCCUUCUCAUUUCACUCAAAGGAGCUCCCCGGAUUCCAAAAAUAUCUUCAGAUGAUAAAGCCAUUAUGGGCAAAAGGAGAUGGUUUCAUCAAGGAAUUCUGGGAACAAGCGUUUGACUGCUCAAUGGCAAAUUCCAAUGUGCCAGAAGACAUGGAUGGCACAUGUACUGGCGAGGAGAGGCUGGAGGACCUUCCUGGGCAUUUAUUUGAAAUGAGGAUGACUGGUCGCAGCUACAAUAUCUAUAAUGCAGUCUAUGCUUUUGCACAUGCCUUACACAGCAUGUCCCAAUCUAGACCCAGAUCCAGACAAAUGGAGGACAGAGGAAAAUUGGGUGCUCUGAUUGUGGAAGCCUGGCAGAUAUUUGUGCCAAAAUACCCAACAAUAUAUUUCCUCUUCAAUCAAUAUUUUUUAAGUUGCCGCUGCUGGCUCCAUUCACUGAUUCAGAGGAUCUCAUUCAACAAUACUGCUGGAGAAGAAAUUAUAUUUAACAGAAAUGGAGAAAUAGCAGCUGGAUUUGAUAUUUCAAACUUGAUCACUUUCCCAAAUAACUCCUAUAUCAGAGUCAAAAUUGGGAAACUGGAUCCUCAGGAUCCUCCAGACAAAAUGCUCACCAUUCAUGAUGAGAAGAUCCAGUGGCAAAGUGCAUUCACACAGCUGCCUCCCCUCUCUCUUUGUAAUGCCAUCUGCUCUCCUGGAUUCAGCAGCAGGAAGAAGGAAGAGGAGAAAUUUUGCUGCUAUGAUUGUGUUCCUUGUCCAGAAGGGAUGAUUUCAGAACAGGAGGACAUGGACUCUUGUAUGACCUGCCCGAAGGACCACUUUCCGAACAAAGGACAAUACCAAUGCAUUCCGAAGAUUCCAAACUUCCUCUCUUUUCAAGAACCAUUGGGCAUCAUUUUAGCUUUUGUGGCUAUUUUCUUUUCUGCAAUCACAGCUCUGAUGCUGGGAAUCUUCAUUAAGCAUCAAGACACUCCCAUAGUCAGAGCCAACAACUGGAGUCUCACCUACCUUCUCCUCAUUUCUCUCCUCCUUUGCUUCCUCUGCUCCUUGCUCUUCAUUGGGAAGCCUAAACCCAUCACCUGCCUCCUCCGACACACAGCUUUUGGCAUCAUCUUCUCCAUUGCCAUUUCUUCUGUUUUGGCCAAGACCAUCACAGUGGUCGUGGCUUUCAUGGCUUACAAGCCAGGCAGCAUUUUCCGGAAAUGGGUAGGGAAAAGAUUGGCCUAUUGGACUGUCAUUUCUUGUUCCCUUGUUCAAGUUGGCAUUUGUGCUGUUUGGUUGGGCACUACUCCCCCAUUCCCAGAUCUGGACAUGCACUCCCUGUCUGGAGAAAUCAUAGUGACAUGCAAUGAAGGAUCAGUUACCAUGUUUUACUGUGUUCUGGGCUACAUGGGAUUUCUGGCCAUUGUCAGCUUCACGGUGGCUUUCCUGGCCAGGAAAUUACCGGACAGUUUUAAUGAAGCCAAGUUCAUCACCUUCAGCAUGUUGGUCUUUUGCAGUGUUUGGCUGUCCUUUGUUCCAACUUACCUUAGCACAAGAGGGAAAUACAUGGUGGUUGUGGAGGUCUUCUCCAUCUUGGCUUCCAGUACUGGGUUACUGGGGUGCAUCUUUUCCCCGAAAUGUUACAUCAUUGUGUUGAGACCUGAUUUGAACAAAAGGGAGCAUCUAAAAAUGAAAAGGGGGGGAAAAACCCAACACAUUCAAGUAUGA